AUGUCCUCCCCGGAACCGCAACACGACUCAGUCGCCAAUGGCCUACGUGCCACGGCAGUUCCUAUGCCAGCCGACCCUAUCCCUUCGGGGCGAGAGGAAACCCAACACCAACGGGACGCAUUAGUAGCGCUGCAAAAAGUGAUUCAGAAGAUGAUCUUGGAGAGCAGUGCCAUUCAAGGCGAUAUCAUUCGCCAGCGAGCUGCCCUUGAUGGCCAAGUUGCCCGCCUCUCUUCAACAGCCAAGACAAUCCAGAGCCUUCAGAGCGUGUGGGAAGAUAUGGCGGCUGGUUUUGGGCUUGAGUUGAAGAAACAAAAAAGUGGCACAUUACGACUGUUUGGAUUUCGAUAUUCACAACUUGGCGUGGGUGCAGUCAAACUCUUAUGA